UUUGACAUUUUCCUUUCCAUCAACAUUUUAUGAAGUUGGCAACUAUUUACCAAGGUAUCGAAUUCGACCAAUAAAGCCUUUUUAAUUGUUGAUAUGACGUAAUGACUCUGUCAGUGUUUAUGAACAAUUUUGCUAUGUAUUUCAAAGAACGUUUUGCAAAAAUAAACAUUUGAAAUGAUCCCAACACAUUACCCUGGCAUUCUCCUCAAAUUCCUCCAGCCACGAGCGAACUGACAAAUUCUUACCUCUAUCAAAAUUUGUUAUUGUGUCGUCUAAUCUCUGUGACUGCAGACAUGUAAUAAUAUCUUUAUUGCUCUCGUAGUCUUUAUUAUAAAUACCAUUCAUGGAUUGCCGUUGUACAUGUUGUUGCUGUUCUACAUAAGAACUUUGCUUUGCAAAAUUUGACUAACGGCAAUAACAUUACAUCUGCUCAUUCUAACUGGGAGUAAUUUCUUCUCGGUACAAUGGUUAAAUCAUUGUCAUUGGUCGAUUCAGGUUCGUCAUCAUAAUACUCAUCAAGGUAGAUUUAACAGGUUACCGCAUCGGCGAAUUGCUACAACAAAGCAAACUUUUGUGGUAUCCUCAAAUGUCAAAAUUGGCAUCCAAGGCGAAAACAUACAUUCGCCAUGACAUUUAAAGUUUGCGGCAAAUUUGUUUCAACCAAUCAGAAACGAGGUGUUGGUUUACAUUUUAUGUUGUGUGUGGAAAUUAAACCAAGUAAUAAUACAACUCUCGGGGACCACUGCAACAGCCCCAAGUUGAUAAUUAGCACAACUGUAAUAUUAUCUACGCAACAACUGUAAUAUUAUCUAUCCACAACUGUAAUAUUAUCUACGUCAUCGACAAAUACCACUAAUAUUCCAGCCAAUGUUGGUUACACCGACUAUAGCACAUGGCACAACAGUAGCAAGUGUUCCCGAUCAAAUGGUUUUAAAGAAAGAACAAAACACCAGUAAAAGCCCUUUAAGAAUGUCGAGCAAUCAAGCUAGUAGCCACUUGGUGGAUACCAAGCACUCUUGGUAGCAGAGCCGAUGCAAAUUCCCCAAACAAUACAAAGAGUUUUCCCGGACCACAGAGAGCAGGGGCUAGUGGAAGUUUGUAUAAGACCAACUAAGUCAUAGCUCUCGUGAAAAACUGGAUCAGCAAAGGAUAAUGCCUACACAUUUAACUUUAUGUUUGAAUCGCCCAAUCAUGAAAAUGUCUCCAACUAUGAAAUGGAACUGAUGAACCUCGACCAAGAACAUUUGGGCACUCCGGAAACAGAUUACUCCUGUGUUGUACGCAUGCAUUCAAUGGAAUUUGCACGCUUCCGAGAAUUGGCGCAAUUCUGUGAAUCUAUGGUUAUCUGUUGUACCAAGGGAGGUGUAAAAUUUUCGGCAUUUGGUGAUGUUGGUUCGGUAAAUGUUAAUUUGGCACAAUGUUCAAGUGUGGACAAAGAUGAUGAGGCAGUCAUUAUUGAAAUGCAAGAGCCUACCCUAACAUUCGCCUGUCGUUACCUAAGUCCUUUGUGUGGACAAAUACAGUUGUCCAUGUCGGCCGAUGUACAAUUGGUGGUUGAGUACCGUAUACAAGAUUUGGGCCAUUUACGUUAUUAUUUGGCGCCUAAAAUUGAACACGACGAAAGUUAAGCAAUUCAGGAGAGUGAAGUGUACAGCAAAUAAGUAGUGUUAUUAAAAUAUAUUAAUGAAUAUUUAUUCAUGACAUUUAAAGGUGCCGUCAGUUGGGGCGAUGCGACUUCCUAAUAGAUCUACAUUACGUUUGACUCUCUGCGUUUGUUAGCAGCAUAUCUUUCUUGAGAUUUUGUGAAUAUGUGAGAACACAAAUUCUCGACAUCGUUACUCAAACAUUAUAAAUUGCAAAUUGAGACUAGAUCGGCUGUUGACAAGUUCUGUUUAAUGUAUUUGACUUUUUCUCCAUACUUAGGGCUGUCCUCUGCAUACUCGAAGCCUUCAAAGUUGCAUAAUCGUCAUCGGUUUGAUCGAUCUCUUACUUCACCAAAGAUAAAUUUAUGCUGUGCCGUUGUUAUUGUCCGUUUAGCCGUAGACAAACUGUUGCGUAUGACAACAAAAUCUCCCAGAGUUGGCAUCGCUGUUGUUUUACUCUGUUCGUUCGAACUUUUUCAAAUGCGUUUUUUUCUUGUUCCUCUUUUGUGAGUCAAGGUUAAAUUAAAGUUACAGUUUUCUAAUUGUUGUAUUUUACUCCGAACAGAACCGUUAUUUUAAACAUACAAACAUAUAAAUAUAAUUUUAUUUUUUUUCUAUGACACAAAUGUUGUUUCUGAAAAAGUAACCUCUUCUCCAGAAUAUUGUUUAAAUAGUCUAUGGAGAUUUAAAAAAUUAAAUCAGCGAUAUUAUUUCGCAAUAACACAAGUUAAACGAACGGUUAACACAACCACAACAGUUUUCAUGUAUUUGUAACAUUUGUAACGUAACACUCUGCAAAAAUGGAUUUGGCAUUCUUUAUGUCUUUUUAGCGUUUAGUUUCUCGACAUUUAUAUUUUUCCUGAUCGCGGUUGAGUCCUGAUAUUUAUAGGGUUCCUUUUAAGUAAACUCAACUGCGCUUGUAAAAAUCAAAUGGUAAACCUUUCACUGUUUGUACUUUAUUAGAUACUGGAUCUAAACGAUCAUUAAACCAAGUAAAUUGGCAAAGAGAAUUGGGUGUGAAACAAGUAAGUCUAAUUUCAAUAUUAGCGGAAUAAAUGGUUCAGUAGUUGCAUAUACGAAUAACAUGCAACAUUACUUUGUGUGGAAAUGCAAACAAUGUGAUAAAAGUGACCGCUUUUAUUAAUGGAAAAUAUAACAAGAAAGAAUAUCUCUGAAUCAAUUCCAAUGUAUAAGCUAAAUGAAAUCCGCGAUAUAAAACUUGCAGAUCCUUUUGUCUUAUAAUGAAGUGAGAUUGAUAUGUUAAUUGACAGUGAUAUAUUGCCAUCCAUCAUAUUGAAUGGAACUAAAAUAAAUGUGUAUUUUGUUGGCCAAUGUUGAGAUUAUUAAAUAUGGGUUUAUUGGGCUUUUAUGGUCAAGUUAAUUAAAUGAAAAUAAACGAAUUUAUUUCAUAUUAUGCUCAACGUUUCGUUGACUUGUUUCCAACUUUUUCAAAAGCGUUUUUUUUUUAUUGAAUUCUGGUUAUAAAUGAGAAACAUAUUUCAUUAUAAGAAUUUUGUUUGGUGACAUAUUACACUUUAAAUUUAACUUACAUCAAUAAUUAUGCAUUAUUUAUUUCUUAUUAAUAUUAAUAAAACGGGACUCCACAACAUUUUAUUAAUAUAAAGUAAAAAUAAAUAAUCAAUAAAAUAUGAAUCACAGUUAAACUUAAGCUAAAUCACAGAACCGUUUCUAAAUAAUCGCAAUAGAAUACUGUAGUUUAGUAUUAUCUUUGUCUUCUUUGGUAUUUAUUGAUCUGGCAAUCCUUUGUUGUAUUCGUAGACUUUCCAAUGUAUAUCUUUUGUCCUCCUUCUUUUCCCUAUCUAAAAUUUUGAUAUUUGUUAGAUCAGCUGCGUGGCCACUCUCCGUUGUGUGUUGUGACAGUGCUGUUUUUACACCAAGCAUUCUUUUUGUUGUGCCCACAUAAACUUUCCCGCAUUUCUCUUUCUCAUUGCCAUUGCAUGUAAUUUCAUAUACAACGUUGUGUUGUUUUUGUUUGUCUUCUUUUGUUUUUGUGCGUUUGAAGAUCUCUUGCAUUGUCUGAUUGGAUUUGUGUGCUAUCAUUGUUGUUGUACUUUUAAUUAUUUGUUUGAGGUUUUUUGUUUUUGUUAAAUUUGGCA